AUGUUGGACAAUACGGUGUUCCAGCAUGCUGUCGAAGUGUGGUCGAAGGCGGGCUUCACGGAGUUACAACGGCUGCUGGACGACGGUGUGUUGACGGUCAAAGAACUAGAGUCCAAGUCAUUGAUCUCAAGAAAGGCGUUGGCCUCAGAGACCAAACAGUUUAAGAGACUUGAAAACGAGGAAAAGUUGACACAGGUAAAUAAAAUUAUCAAGAGCUACCAGCAAGAAGUAGACAGUUUGACAUCGAGGUCAAAGGUUGCAGAAGAGCUGGUGCUGAACCUGUACUCCAAACUAUCAGAAACCCCCGAUCCGUUCCCAUUACUUGAAAUGUCGGCACAACAAACCCAGGGUGCCGAUGAUAUCAAAAGAUUGAAAGCCAAAAUUGAGGAUUUGGAAAACCAAAUAUCGAAAAGGGCGGAUUACGACAAAAUCCGUGCUAGGCUUUUGGAUCUUGAACAAAACUCUGCCAAGACCUUAUCCAAGAGACUGGCAGCUAAGGAACAGGAAUUGAACUCGCAAUUUCAAGAGAAGGAAAGAAACUGGAAGGAGCGCGAAAAGGAUUUAUCACGCCAACUGGAAACAAGCAAGGAUACCAACAAGAUUUUGGAAAGCAAGCUCACUCAAACAGUCGAUGAGGGUGAACAUUCACAGGGAGGCUCUACAGAGCGUCAGUCCGCUGAACAGCAGUUGCUGCUCCAAGAGGUUCAGUCUUCACAGGCCCGAAUUUUGGACCUCGAAAAAAGGAACGAGGAUUUGAGCGGCCAAUUGGCGAAAGCUACUAGUGAAGAAGAGCAAGCAUUAGAGAAGGACGCAAGAAAUCUGAAAGUCAACGAAUUAGAGUCUGAAAACGCUUUACUGAGCGCUUCUCUUGCUCAUGAACGCAAAUUGCUGGAGGCAAGUAUGACAGAAAAUCAAACUCGCAUGGACUCCCUGCAGCAGCAAUUGGCAUUAGCACAGGACGAGCUCGAAAAAAAGGCUCGGAAACUGAACGUUUAUGGAGAUUAUGAAGCUAUCAAAGGGGAAUUGACAGCGCUCAAGAAAAUUGAAUUUGGAACGUCUGACGAAGACGGUACCAGCGUAGAUUCAACAUUGUUGAAAGCGAACAAGAAACUCCAAAGCAAUCUGGCUGAGCUUCGUGGCAAGUUUGGUGGAAUGGAAAAAGAGGCAAUUACGGUGCGGAAGGAAAAUUUGAAGCUGGCUGAACAACUCAAACAGCUAGAGAAGGUCAAUGUGCAAUUGGAAUCGGACCUGGAGCGGAUAGAUAACAUAAGCACUAAAAAUGACACAGCAAGCAUGAUGUCAGGUGUGACGCGACAAAUGAACCGUGUUGGAAGCUCAACGCGACACGGCGGGAAGCUUUCACCAACAAGCUCGAUUAUUGGUAUCCCCGAGGAAACAGAAGUUCAGUCCAUGGAGGGCGGAAGUUCCACUGUGCUAAGGAUGAUAACACAACAGAGAGAUAGGCUACGUUCCAAGACCACUGAACUGGAAAAGAAGCUACGUCAGACGAAUGUGAAUGACGGCCAAUUACGCGCAGAACUGGGCAGACUCAAAGCAGAUAACGCCAAGAUGUAUGAACGUAUAAGAUUCUUGUCAUCGUACGGAUCCAAAGGUGUGGCCACAGAAGAUCUGUCGGACUAUUCUCAAAAUUACAACGAAUCGCUGCAUCCGCUAGCCGAAUUCAAACAGAAGGAGCUGGACAGGAUAAAAAGAAAAGGGAUCUCGCCUCUGGAACAGCUCUUCCUGAAUUUCGCAAAGGUGGUGCUGGCCAACAAAACAAGCAGAAUGGUGUUCAUGCUAUACUGUUUAGCUCUACACGGACUGGUGUUGGUAACAUGCAUUUACGCAACGAGUGUUGAUGGAGGCGCAAAAGUGGUAGAGCAAGGUGUAAAAAUAUAG